AUGGCCCUCAAUGCUGAGUUGAGCUAUGACACUGAUCCAUCGAAAGACAAGCUUGUAGCAUUACAGGAGGCUCGGGCUCAUCUUCGGAGGUCGCAGGGGGUGGAGCAUAUGUUUUGGCAACAAAAAUCAAGGGUCAAAUGGUUGAAGGAUGGAGAUCGAAAUUCGAGAUAUUUCCAUGCAGUGAUGGCAGAGCGCCACCAACGGUCGGUAAUCCAUCGGAUUAAAUCAUCCGCUGGGGAUUGGCUGGAGUCUGCGGAUGACAUUGAGAGCGAAGCCGAAUCCUUUUUUAAACGGUUAUUUACGGAUAAUGAGAUGCUAGACGAGAUCCCAUAUAAGGAAGAAGUUAAGUCGGUGAUUUUUGCUAUGGAUGGUGGGAGUGCGGCUGGGCCGGAUGGGUUCUCGGGUAAGUUUUUUGCGUGUGCAUGGGACAUUGUGGCAGAGGAUGUCCACGCGGCUGUGGUAAGUUUCUUCUGUGGAGAGGUGCUGCCUAGGAGUAUAUCUUCCACUUCAAUAGUGCUGAUUCCGAAGGUCCAGUCUCCUCAGGAUUUUACCCAAUUCCGUCCGAUUAGCUUGUGUAACUUUAUCAAUAAGGUGAUAUCCAAGGUCUUGUCGGACAGAUUAGCAAGGAUCUUGCCGAAGAUUAUUUCUCCUCAGCAGAGUGGCUUUGUGAAAGGAAGGCAUAUCUCUGAUAAUUUUCUGUUGGCUCAGGAGCUUAUAUCUGGAAUUCGUCGCUCUAAUAAGGGAGGGAAUGUGGUGUUAAAGUUGGACAUGGCCAAGGCUUACGACCGCGUUUCAUGGGUUUUCUUGUUACAAGUACUGCGUCGAUUUGGUUUCACGGAGAGGAUUAAGAGUAUUUUGCGGCAUGUUAUGAGGGUAUUGGGGAAGUAUUGUAGUAUGUCUGGGCAGCAGGUAAAUUGUCAGAAGAGUUGCUUUGUUACUCAUGAUAAGUUGAGCCCUGCUCGUCGACGUGUGGUGUCACAAGUUUCUGGUUUUCAGGCCAAGUCCCUCCCACUUAAGUAUCUUGGAUGUACUCUCUAUUUCGGAAGACGGAGAUGUAGCUACUUCUUUGACAUCUGCUCCUCAGUUGCAAAGCGGGUUCUAUCGUGGAAGGAAAAGUUAUUGUCGCCUGGUGGGCGUUUGGUUUUAAUCAGGAGUGUUUUGUCGUCGUUGCCUCUACACAUCCUUGCUGUCACGGUUCCUCCAAAGGGUGUGCUUCAUACCCUUGAGAAGGUUUUUGCAAAUUUCCUUUGGGGAAGGUCUGAGGGGGGUAAUCGCUACCAUUGGAUUAGAUGGGAGACUAUGUGCAAACCGCUUGAUGAAGGGGGGGGUCGGCGUGCGGUCCCUGGCGGAUGUGUUGGAGACAUUUUCAGUGAAGCUAUGGUGGUCCCUCAGGCAAUGUUUAUCCCUCUGGGCAGAAUUUAUGCACGCUAA